AUGGGCGAAGUCGUAGGUCUGCAACGUUCUUCUGGUCUCUUUAGGCCUUCUCAUUGGAAGGAGAUCACCUCAGGAUGCGGGGGACAGAUCCAGUCGCCCAUUAACAUCGAUCGGAGAAAAGUACGACGCGACCGGAGCUUGGAUGAAAUUCUGUUUGAAGGCUACGACCAGGCACCUCCAGGCAGAUGGAGACUAGUGAACAAUGGCGAUGAAGUCAAAAUGAUCUUGGAUGGAGCAUCUGCUGCAGAACAAAUCAACAUCACCAGAGGAGGACUGAGGGACACCUACCGGGCCUUGCAAUUCCACUUCCAUUGGGGCGACCUCAAGAGGAAUGGCUCGGAGCACUACAUUGAUGGGAUACAGUAUCCCAUGGAACUACACAUUGUACACAUGAACAUCAAAUACAAAACUGUCAACGAAGCUAAGCAACAUCCAAACGGACUCGCUGUUCUGAGUUUCCUGUUCAAGAUAGCAGACACUGACAACACUAAUUACAACACCGUCGUUGCCAGCCUGAGAAAUAUCUCUCGUGCAGGAGAAUACGUUGACAUGGCGUCCACCUUUUCUUUGAGCAAUCUUCUCCCCAGCUUAGCUUCAUUGUCCAAAUAUUACCGGUACAAAGGAUCUCUCACCACACCAAACUGUGAUGAAGCGGUCAUCUGGACAGUAUUUGAAGAGCAGAUCCCAAUCAGCAGAUCUCAGCUGAAUAUAUUUGUGGACACCACGUACUUCAAAAGUUCAGCUGGGACACCGCAAAAAAUGAUCAACAACUUCCGUCCUUUGCAGCUUUUGAAUGGCCGCACCGUCUAUGCUUCUCGUGAUGCCACCAUCAGCUGCGGCUCUUCUCUUGUUGCCAGUUUACUUCUUCCUCUGCUCUUGUCUUCUUUGAUUGGCCAGUUCUCUGGCUCUUCCUAGCUGCCUGAGCUCAACCGUGAAUCCAUUGUAGAUCUGUGGUACCUUCUUAGUUGUGGUUCUCGAGUGUGAUUGCUUCCCUAUCUGAGCUGAACGAGGCACAAAUCCAGAUCAUGGAGUGUUUGAUUGAUUGAUGAGAAAGAGCCCGGGGACAAUUGUCUUGCCAUCAAAGUCAUGCGAUUCAUGAUUGCCACCAUAAAUGAGACCAGCAACGAGAAAUGAAAGGUGGAAAGCUUUUACGUUGGCCAACGGAUGGGAGGUCCUCGUGCCAAGCAGAAGAAUGGCACACAAAAGUACCUUCUGCCAGCAUGGGAAAUGAAGACCUAAAAUCAUGUAAAUUGAAGUUCUAAUGAAUAAAUUCAGAGUUCUUAAUUUUUUCCAUGA